AUGGAAAUAGUAUCACAUUCUCUUAUCUCAGAAUUCUUCCUCACGGGACUCUCAGAUAAUCCAGGACUGCAGCCCCUCCUCUUUGGGCUCUUCCUGUCCAUGUACCUGGUCAGUGUGCUUGGAAACCUGCUCAUCAUCCUGGUUGUCAGUUCUGACUCUCAUCUCCAAACCCCUAUGUACUUCUUCCUCUCCAACCUGUCCUUGGCUGACAUUGGAUUCAUCUCCACCACUGUCCCUAAGAUGAUUGUGGACAUCCAAACUCAGAGCAGAGUCAUCUCCUAUGUGGGCUGCCUGACUCAGAUGUCUUUUUUGAUCCUUUUUGGAUGUAUGGAUGGUAUGUUUCUGACUGCAAUGGCAUAUGACCGAUUUGUGGCCAUCUGUCAUCCUCUACACUACUCAGUCAUCAUGAACCCACAUCUCUGUGGCUUCUUAGUUUUGGUGUCCUUUUGUGUUAGCCUUUUGGACUCCCAGUUGCACAAUUUAAUCGUGUUGCAACUUACCUGUUUCAAGGAUGUGGAAAUUUCUAAUUUCUUCUGUGACCCUUCUCAACUCCUCAACCUUGCCUGCUCUGACACUUUCACCAAUAACGUAGUCAUGUAUUUUGUUGGUGUCAUCUCUGGCUUUCUCCCUAUGUCAGGGAUCUUUUUCUCUUACUAUAAAAUUGUUUCUUCCAUUCUGAGAAUCCCAUCAACAAGUGGGAAGUACAAAGCCUUCUCCACCUGUGGCUCUCACCUGUCAGUUGUUUGCUUAUUUUAUGGAACGGCUAUUGGAGUAUACCUUGGAUCAGCACUGUUGCCUUCUCCCAGGAAGGAUAUGGUGGCCUCAGUUGUGUACACCGUAGUCACCCCCAUGCUGAACCCCUUCAUUUACAGCUUGAGGAACAGGGACAUCAAGAGUGCCCUAUGGAGGUCACUCAGAAGAAUAGGUUAA